AUGUGGGUAUGGUGUAACAGAAAGUCAUCAGAAACAUGGUUGAAAUGUAUGAAAGGGAAGCGAAAAGAUCUCUCUCAAAAUAAUUUGAAUUAUCAUCACCCUUACUGUGGAGAUGCAUUUGGUGCAGGAGGUGUGGUGGAUAAUAGCAACCACCGAUCGAAAGUCGAUCCAAAAGUACAAUCAAUAAAUGCGGCCUGUUGUACUUCUAGAGGGAGAUGUGGAGUAAACAGUCACUAUACAGGAAACACCGCAAUUGCUGACAAUUCUCUGGACAAUAGUGGUCAGGUCAUGGGAAGUUCCUCUCAUUGUUAUCUUCAGCAGCAUCAUCAUCAUCAACAGCAACAUGGAGUUUUACCAGCCAACAUAAGAAAUGCAUUGCCUUCUGGUUCAUUUGCUCUAUCAUCUGGAACUGGUUCGUGUGCAAGUGCCGUACCAAUAUCACAUUGUUUAGGAACAAUGGAUAUUUCUUUGCUUAACUCAAAUAAAUCCAAUUAUUGUACUCAUGCAUCACAAAGGCAAACAGUUAAAACAAGGCCAACAAAUAUUGGAAUACCUGAUUUUUGA